AUGUCGGCCAUUUCACCACCCUUCACGCGCCGAAAGCACGUUCCCAGCCACUGCAAGCGCUGCGGCUGUUUCGAGUUCUUGGAUGCCCGCCACACGCGCAUGCGCAGCGGGGAGUACUCGGGGGAGGAGGUCUGUCUUGCGUGUCCGCACCGGGCGCGGCAGCAUGUCUGGAACAUGAUUGAGGAGAAGAUAGAUUAUUCCCCGCCGAGAAACCCGGGUUCGCCGAUAUUCAAGAAGUAUGAGUUUGAUGAGCAGGACCAGAAUUCGUCGCCAAUGUGGAAGUAUAGUGCUAGGAAGGCGCAGCAGCGUGCUUUGGCAGAGGUGAAGGUGCGGGUGAUACCGCUGAGUCCGAUACUGCCAAUGAGUCCGGCGUUGCUCUCGACGUACAGGCUAGAGAAGAAGCGAGAGGAUCUGAAAGAGGAGGGGGUGCUUGAGGAGGAGGAAGAGGAAGAAGAGGUUUUUGAAGAUGAGGAGAUUGAUCUCGAUAUCUCCAAACUUUGCUCGUCCCCUCCACCUAUUCUUUCGCCUGAACUUGUCAUUCCGCCACCCAUUGGAGGACGGGUCACGCUAGAAAAGUUGUACAGGUACAUGGUGGAGCGAAGCAACUAUACCGACCGUCUUCAGCAACAGAUACUAAAGCGAAUCGAAGAGAACAAGAUACUAUUAAAGAGUCUUUCUUCGGAUUCUUCGUCGGCCAAGGAGGAGAUGAAAAGGGUAAAGGAGAUGGUAGAUGAGAUUGCAGGUAACUAUUGGAGCGAGAGGCCGGAUAAGAGGCCGAAGGGAGUUGUGAAGCCGGAAUCGAGGAGGGGCGUUCGUGAAACAGGUAUUAUGGGGGCGAAUGUGGGGAUCAAGAGUCCCCAAAGAGCGAGAGCAAGCCCAAAUCGACAAGAUUCAAGACCAGUAGUGGGAGGUGAUUCGGAAGCGAUUGCAACCCAAUCAUCAGAGGAGAUAAGAACUGUUCAUAACGGAAUCGGGCCUAUAAGUGGAGAACAUGAAUUAUUUGUUUCCUCACCAGAAAGAGGUAUAAGCGCUACAAAAAUUCCAUUGAAGAGUGGAGGUUUCAAGGUCAUUUCGUCUCCUGUGGUGGGAAGUGGGUAUGAAAUGGAAGAGACGGAUGAGGAAGAGGAAGGUUUUAUCGAUGAAGAGGCUGAGGAGGAAACUGAUGAAGAUGGGGAUGAGAGGACGGUGGAGGACCAAGAAUAUGAAAGUGAAGAGAUGGAAUUCGACCGGGAUGAAGAGGAAGAAUACGAAGAAGAUGAGGAGGGGGGAAAUGAGGGGAAAGAUGGUUGUGAAAUAGAUGAGCAUAGCCUGGAGGAGAGGGAAGAGGAAGAAGAGGCGGAGGGGGAAGAGGAGGAGGGGGGAGAAGAAGAAGAAGAAGAAGAAGAAGAAGAGGUAGAGCUCGAGGAGGAGGAUGAAUAUAUAGAUCCUAAUCAGAUAUACCUAAAUCGCUAUCAGAAUCGUCCAUUGGUACAGCUUUACAGCGGCCUUCUUCCACUAAUGACCCCCAUUAAGGAAGAAACUCAAUACUCAUCACCACACCGGUCUUUUUCCUCCCCCACAAAAACAAUAAUAUCCAGACAGCAGAUGGUUUCUAACCGAGGGAAGGUCGCUCCCGAGGUAACUUAUUCCCAAAUGCUCCCCAAUGAAAUAAACAGGCCUCAAGGAUUCAGCCCUCUUCGGCAACGGCAUGAUUUUGCGGAUAUUGAAGAGGGGGAGGAAGAAGAAGAAGAGCAGGUUGAUGAUAAAAACAAUGGAGAUAGAGGUCAACGUGGAUAUGAAGAUGAAUUUAAGGAGGAGGACUCAUUUUUCGAAGAUAAACAUUAUUCCUCUUCUUCUAUCCAUCCAUCUUCUUCAUCCCAGAGCCCGGAUGCGCCAAAUAAUAAAAGACGAUUGGAGAAUGAUGUUUCGAAGAGCAAGAAAGCUCAAGCCAUUGGAACGGAACCUAGAUCAUCCAAAAGACAACGCCUUAGAAACGAGCAAGAAAACAUCGAUGAUGCGUCAAGAUCAACCAAGUAUGUAGAAAUUACCACGCCUUCAAUCGACAACGGCACAAAACCAAAUAAUGGAUCUAACGUUUCCCAAGGAUCGUAUAGCUCAAGUUAUAUACUGAUCUCUUCGUCGCCAUGUGAAUCCCUCAGCGGCCGGCCCAUUUCGGACGAGCUCCAGAGUCGAGCUAUCGCAGACAAAAGCCCGGGAGUCCCAGGACUUUUGUUCGUCAAUACCAAGACCCGAAAUGGUCGGUUAUCGGGUGAUUCUGGCAACAGUGGGCAAGGGGUGGCUAUAGGCGAGUCACAGUUACUAGUGGAAGGCGCCAGACGUAAGAAGAUAAAGAAGAAAAGCAAGAGGAGGAAGAGAGCUAAAGCAAAUAUGAUCUAA